AUGAAGAGUCACAAGGAACAGGAAGUUUUGGAGGGACUCUCUCUCUCUCUCUCUCACCCUCCCUCAUUCUUCCUCUCUCUCUCUCUCACCCUCCCUCAUUCUUCCUCUCUCUCUCUCCUCCCCAUCCUCAUUCUUCCUCUCUCUCUCUCUCUCCCCUCCCUCAUUCUUCCUCUCUCUCUCUCCCCACCCUUCCUCAUUCUUUUUCUCACCCUCCCUCUCUCUCUCUCUCUCUCCCCUUCCUCUCUCUCUCUCACCCUCCCUCUCUCUCUCACCCUCCCUCUCUCUCUCACCCUCCCUCUCUCUCUCAAUCUUUCUCUCUCUCUCCCUCAAUCUCUCUCUCCCUCAAUCUUUCUCUCUCUCGCUCUUCCUCUCCCCCUCUCUCUCUCAGCCUCACUCUUUUUCUCUCUCUCAGCUUCACUCUUCCUCUGUCUUUCUCAACCACCCUCCCUCCCUCUCUCCCUCCCCGUCUCUGUUUUUAUAUAA